AUGGGCGAAGCAGCAGUACCGCCUGAGCUAGACACCGAUCCAGCAGCAAAGAUGGCUCAGACAAACCCUCUGCCUGUUCCCAUGGGCCCGUGGAAGAGCGUUCGGAGCCGAGGCCGGGAGAACCGCCAGCCACAGCCCUGCCACCCGCCCGUCCCAGAACGGCUCCGCUCCUCUCUCCGGACGGCACCGCUGCCCCGGGAACUGAUCUCCGCAGGGAUCACCGUGUACGACCAAGAAAACUUCCAGGGCAAGAGGAUGGAGUUCACUUCGGCCUGUCCAAACAUCAUGGAAUGUGGCUUCGACAACAUCCGCUCCCUGAAAGUGGAAUGUGGCGCCUGGGUCGGUUAUGAGCACACCGGCUUCUGUGGGCAGCAGUUCAUCCUGGAGAGGGGAGAGUACCCGCGCUGGGACGCCUGGAGCGGCAGCAACGCCUACCACAUCGAGCGCCUGAUGUCCUUCCGCCCCGUCUGCUCCGCUAAUCACAAGGAAUCCAAGAUCACCAUUUUCGAGAAAGACAACUUCAUCGGCCGCCAGUGGGAGAUUGCUGAUGACUACCCCUCGCUGCAGGCCAUGGGCUGGGCCAACAACGAAGUGGGCUCCAUGAAGAUCCAGUGCGGCGCCUGGGUGUGCUACCAGUAUCCCGGGUACCGCGGCUACCAGUACGUCCUGGAGUUUGACCACCACGGUGGAGACUACAAGCACUGGAGAGAGUGGGGUUCGCACGCCCAGACCUCCCAGAUCCAAUCCAUCAGGCGUGUCCAGCAGUAGCUCCCCAACUUCCCAGUACAUCUCUGCAAGGUUUCGAAAGCUCACCGGCUCCCUCUUGGUGCUAAUACUCCCCUCCCGAAAUAAUCACCCCCUCUUGUACUACCACUGCUUAUGGAACAACACUCCCAAAACGGUACCAAUCGCCACAAUUGCCAAUAAAUGUGACUGAAAGAAAAAGAUAA